CGAGACAUGCGCGACGGGCUGCGGCGCGUCCACCGGGGCGACCCCCCGCGAGCUGUCGGACGCGCGCCCUAAAGAAGCGAAGGAUCGCGCGCCCGCUCAGAAUCACGCGCCCGCUCAGAAUCACUCGCCCGCUCGCGCGGUCGUGCUCGCGGGAGCCCGUGGGUGCUCAAGACGUCGCCCGGACACUCCGGUGCCGUGUGGUUCAAGGGCGGUGACAAAUGUGAGGAGGUCGAGCGCCGAGGCGGACGCGGGACGAUACGGAACGCCAUAGCGGACUUCAAAGCGCACCCUGACAAGUACGUGGCGAUGAGGUACUUUCCGGACAUGCACGACGAGGACUGGGAAGAGCAGGACUGCACCCUGUUUUACCGCCCGACCAAACAAUCGUCGUCGCUCGCGUGUGAUAAGAGGAGCGGAGGCUGGACGGUUCUGGAGUGGACGUGCCACCCGCUGAGGCCGGACGUCGAGGUCAAAGACGACGGACACGAAAAGCGAUGGCUCCAGCCGUACGUGAAAGAAGAUCGAGGCAAGACGGUCAAGACGCGAGGCGUCUCCCCCGGGCGCGGCCAGGGCCUCGCGGACGUCCCGUCCCUCUGCCUGUGGAACACGAUCAGCCCGAACGAUCUCAACCAGGGAUCCGUCGCGAACUGCUACAUGAUCAGCACGUUCGCCGCGCUCGCGGAGUGGCCCGGCGCGAUCAAGAAGCUGUUUCGAAAGACGAAAGGCGCGGACGAGAUGCCGCGCUCGAACACUGCGAACGAGUACACGAUAACGCUUUACGAUCUCGAGAGCGCGCCAGUCGCGCGGGAAGUGGACGUCGUCGUGAACGAACGCCUCGCCGUGGACGUCGACAGCGGGGACAAGCUCGGGGUGGCGACAUCCGACUGCGCCGAGCUGUGGCCGUGCUACCUCGAGAAAGCGCUCGUGGCGCACUGCGGCGGGUGGAACGCCAUCGGGCACCGCGGGAAUGAAGGAGAGGUAUUAAGGAUUCUCACCAGAUGCCGCAACGCGUAUAACUUUACCCUCAAGGACUUCGCUCGCUGUGGGAACAUCGCCGGGGCAAAGCGCGGCAACAGAGUGCAAAAACGGAACGGGGAAGGUCGUUACAGGAUACCGUGGCCAAGCGCGAACGGCAAACCCGUGGUGCAGCCGAAAACCCAGGACGGUUGCAUCGACGCGCUGUACGCGUACGAUAAGGCAAACUACCCGAUGUGCUGCUCCGCGAUGCGGGACGGGAACACCGCGGCGACGCUCGCGGACGGUUUCAUCGACAACCACGCGUACACGCUCAUAAGGGUCGAGAAGAACGUCGCGGGGAGCGGUAUAGACAUGUUGCUCGUUCGGAAUACCUGGGGACGCGGGGAGCUCACGAGAGGAAGGUUUGUCGACGACGGACCAGGGUGGAAGAAGCACCCGGAGAUACAGAAGGCUUUGCGCCCCGUGUUCGAGGACGACGGCGCGUUUUGGGUCGAGAAGAGCGAGUUCUUCGAAUACGUCGACAGCGUCUGCGUGCUCGCGCUGGACAUGACGACGUUCGUGAAGAGCUCGUACAAGCCGACGCCGAUGCUGAAAUUGUGCCCACAGGUCGUCGACGCGUCCGUCGCCGCGGCGCGCGCGAAGGCGGAGGACGCGAGGAAGGCGGCGGCGGAGAGGGCGCGGCGGUCGAACGUCACGAUCAACUUAGAAUCGUAGUUUAGUCGUGAACAGAGAUCGUGUUUAUUAGAAAGAAAUUCAAUAGCUC